AUGGUGUGGCGCUGGUGGCUUAUCGGUUUGUACGGCGUCCUUCUGUGGCUUAUUCCUUUUGCGGCCUCUUGCUUCUGCUUCGAUAAGACCGGCAAGUUGUGGAUGGACAAGACCGCGUUCAAGUCGUUGAUGAUGGUGCUCAGCGCGUCCGUAGGCACUGCGGCCUUCUGGUCUCUUGUCCGGCAGCAUCUGUACCUCGAUGCAGACGUAGGCAGAGAGCACCGGCGCACCCACUGCCCACAUGUCGUGUUUGUCGCUGGUUCGUGUCUGUCUGCAGUCGUUGUCGGCUCUGUGUGUGACGAGUGGCUUUGUGUGGCUGGGCAUCAACUACGCCCUCGACCUCCUCGUGCUGUUGCCAAUGGGGCAGUAUUCCCUCCUUGUGUGGUUUGUUGAGAUCGGUGUUCGGUAUAUGCCGAUGCCCCUGACGGGCUGGCUCUUGGGAGAGGCAAUCCGGAUGGCAGCUGGCCUCAAGGAAGGGCCCUGAAUAAAUGGUGGGAUGUCUGGCCACCAUGCUAAGUAAUGCUCACAGGAAGCUGCCGAUGCGUUUUUCUCGCAUCUGUUUGCCGGUGGAGGCAACGAUCUGUCACAGCACUUUUCUGUGUGGCUUUCUUUAUGCCUGACCACCGCGGUGAUGGUCGCUGGUCGUUAGACGUUCUAUAUGGAUGUCUGAGACAUUCGUUCUGUCGGUUGAAAUCCAAC